GGAGGAGGGCAGGUCAGUGGGAGUGUUGAAGGAGCCAGACAACACUGCGCAGCAGAGCUGUCAAACAGUUGAAAUAUCGGACCACGGCAGACGGCAAUUGUGUCUUACUAAUGAGAAAACAAAAUGCCACAUAAAGGGGACUGUGAGUUUACGGUUUGAGGUCAGCUAUACUUCGUGUAGUUAGCUAGAGUUACUUCGGCGUUGGCUGCAUAACUUCUAGUUUGUUAGCGAACUGGAGUGGCUAACGUUAGCUAGCAUGUCGUCUUAGACUGUUGACAAACUAAACUAGCUAACGGUAUCUAGCUACACCAGCGAGCUAGCCAACUAACCACAAUAAAGUUAACCGGCUAGAUAACGUUACUCUACCGGCUCGUUCAUGGGGAGUAUAUCAAAUAGCCUGCGAGUUAUUAUUGCAGUGAGAUGGAACUAAGUUUGGCCUGUUUCAUCAAGUUGUUGAAGAGUCCAUCAUCUCAUCGUUUUAAUGACACACGACAAGGUUAUAGGUUGAUGAUUCCAGAUCGGGAGAAAUUGGGCCCUCUCCUAUGAACAAGACUCGGUCAUUAUUUCAAAUCUCAGGAAUGUCAGGGCUGUAAAGGGUUGCAAAGGAGUUGUCGAAAAUGUGAAACUUUCAUUGAGUCCUCCACAGAGUUCACAGUGAACAAGCAAUGAUGGAUCGGAACAAGCGCAACUCCAUCGCCGGCUUCCCCUCCAUGAGGCCUGACCGGCUCGAUGACCUGGAUGGUGGAGGAGGAGGGGAAUGGGCCCCGUCUCAGGUGGGAAGAGUGUGCCCCUCAUCCUACCGUGCCCUCAUCAGUGCCUUCUCCUGCCUGACGCGCCUUGAUGACUUCAUUUGCGAGUGGAUUGGCUCUGGCUUCUUCUCAGAGGUCUACAGAGUGCGCCACAGAGUGUCGGGCCAGGUGAUGGCUCUGAAGAUGAACAAACUGAGCAGUAAUCGAGCCAACAUGCUGAGAGAGGUCCAACUGAUGAACAGACUGUCCCAUCCCAAUAUCCUCCGGUUCAUGGGUGUGUGUGUUCAGGAAGGCCAGCUCCAUGCUCUGACCGAGUACAUCAACGGUGGGAACCUGGAGCAGCUGUUGGACAGCAACAAGCCUCUGAGCUGGGCUGCCAGGCUCAAGCUGGCCUGUGAGAUCGCCAAUGGCCUGGGCUACCUGCACUCCAAAGGCAUUUUCCACCGGGACCUAACCUCCAAAAACUGCCUGAUCAAGUCUGAGGAGAAUGUCUACACGGCAGUAGUAGGAGACUUUGGUCUUGCUGAGAAGAUUCCCAACCAAGAUGGUGAGGGGGAGAAGCUGGCGGUGGUGGGCUCUCCCUUCUGGAUGGCUCCCGAGGUGCUGAGAGAUGAACCCUACAAUGAGAAGGCGGAUGUGUUCUCCUACGGUAUUGUCCUCUGUGAGAUCAUUGCCCGAAUACAGGCUGACCCCGAUUACCUUCCUCGCACUGAAAACUUUGGCCUGGAUUAUCAUGCCUUCCAGCACAUGGUAGGAGACUGUCCUCAUGACUUCCUACAGCUGGCCUUCAACUGCUGCAAUAUGGACCCCAAGCUGCGGCCCUCGUUCCCGGAGCUCGUCAAGAGGCUGGAGGAGAUCCUGUGUCGGUUGAAGGCAGAGGAGUCUGGACGAGAGAGGAUCCCCCUCAGUGGGGAAAAUGACAAGAAGACCAUCCCCAAAGGUCCAGGUGAAAAGGUCCAGGGGAUUAAGAGGUUAAACUCGUUGGGUCUACAGGACGACAAGAUCCCUCCCAAAUCACCACGUCCUCGUCGCAACAUCUGGCUCUCCCGCAGCCAGUCAGACAUCUUCUCCCGCAAGCCAGGCAGGAAGGUCAAUGUCCAUGACCCUUACUACAACCCAGGCCCCAGGGCUGUGCCAGGGGCCCGCAAGAUCAACCCCUUCAAUGCCCGUGAGGACCUGUGCGGAGGCAAGAUCAAGUUCUUUGACGUGCCAAGCAAGUCCGUGUUCUCCCUGAUGUUCGACUUGCACUCUCUCCAGGACAGCGUGUUUUCCUCUGGGACCCAGACCCACUCUGGAGCCCCCGUACACCCGGGCAUGUGGCAGGAGACCUGGUUCACCGGCAGGCAGUGCCGCUCUCUGCCCGCCUCCCCCCAGCUGGCCCUCUCAGAUGGCUCCUGCCCCCCGACCUCCUGUCCCAUCUCUGCCACUUUCUACAAGUGUGACCCGGCCCAGCUGGGCCAAGAGGUCAGGCAGAAGGUGCUCAGCGCCUGGGCCAGGAAAUAUGCUGUGAUAGAGAUCCCGCCGUACCAUGGAGGUCAAGAAAAGGUAAAGAAAGAGGAGGAGAACAGAGUAGAUGAGAGCUGGCUUCCUUCUCCCAUGCCCAGUGACAGUGCAGAGGCUAUGGACUGCUCUAGCAGCCAAGGGAGCCCAGUGGAGGACAAGGACAAACACUUCUACCCCAUGCAGGCCCAGAAUGGAGGACCAGUGGAGGACAGUAGAGGUGUGGUUUCUAUGUGUGAGGAGAUGGAGGCUGAGGACCAGGAGGGCAUGCAGCAGCAGACCUCCUGUUCCACUGUCACCCUCAGCCCAGCCACAAACGGAGGCCAUCUGAGUCCCAUCGUACUGGUGCCAUGUACAGCCAUACACGCCUCCACAGAACUGCCAUCUUCAGUGUGACAUCUAGGACUAAAACAGAUCAUGGAGAAAAGGCGCUUUGAGAGAGACACUCCUCAGAGAGACCCUCAGAUCAUGUUUAUCGAUGCUUUGCAGAUAGAUUAUUUUUUCACGAUUGUUUUUAUUUAAUAUACUGAAAAGUGCUUAUUUUUUUUCUUAAAGGUGUCCCUAAACCAGGGUUCUUCUAAUUCCUUGAUGUUAUUUGUGUGUAUGCUGGUUUUAAAUCACUGCCUACUCCUUGAUGUUUUAUUGUGAUUAUAUUCUGCCCCAUAGGGAAAUGCAUGGAAGUACAUGUACAGUUGAAGUCGGAGGUUUACAUACACCUUAGCCAAAUACAUUUAAACUCAGUCUUUCACAAUUCCUGACAUUUAAUCCUUGUAAGAAUUCCCUGUCUUAGGUGAGUUAGGAU